AUUACUUUAUUGAAGUUAUGAGGUUCCUUUCAAAAAAAAGGAGAAAGAGGAGAGGUGUAUUGUUUUGAACCAAACACAUCCUAAUUCCUAAGGGAUGGUUGUUUUUUUUCUCACACUGACGCCCUAAAUAUACUCCCAUCCCCCCAGCUCGCUCCGUCAUUUCUCUCCAUCGAAAAACGGUGGCUUCCGCAUCCCAGUCUAUAUUAGGGUUUCGAGCUACUCUCCGUCGCCGGUCGACCCGCCGACAUGUAUCUGCUCAGUCUGACUCUCCAUAAGCCCACGGGCAUACUCUGCGCCAUCAACGGGAACUUCUCCGGCGGAAAGGCCCAAGAAAUCGUUGUGGCCCGUGGCAAAGUCCUCGACCUCAUCCGCCCCGAUGACAAUGGCAAGCUCCAAACGCUGCUUUCAGUUGAAAUCUUCGGCGCCAUUCGUUCGCUAGCUCAGUUCCGACUCACUGGUGCGCAGAAGGAUUACAUUGUGGUGGGAUCGGAUUCAGGGAGGAUAGUGAUAUUGGAGUACAAUAAGGAGAAGAAUUUGUUCGAUAAAGUUCACCAGGAGACUUUCGGGAAGUCCGGGUGUAGGAGAAUUGUUCCAGGUCAGUACCUGGCUAUUGACCCAAAGGGUAGGGCUGUUAUGAUGGGGGCUUGUGAAAAACAGAAGCUUGUUUAUGUUUUAAAUAGGGAUACUGCAGCUAGGUUAACCAUCUCCUCACCUCUUGAAGCUCAUAAGAGUCACACCAUAACUCACACCAUAACGUAUUCGAUAUGCGGUGUUGAUUGUGGAUUUGAUAACCCUAUUUUCGCCGCUGUUGAGUUGGAUUAUUCAGAGGCCGACCAGGAUCCAACCGGCCAAGCUGCCAGUGAAGCUCAGAAACAUUUGACGUUUUAUGAGUUGGACUUAGGGCUUAACCAUGUCUCUAGGAAAUGGUCAGAGCAGGUUGAUAACGGUGCUAACCUUCUUGUGACUGUUCCUGGUGGUGGGGAUGGACCAAGCGGUGUGCUUGUGUGUGCAGAAAAUUUUGUCAUAUAUAAGAACCAAGGUCACCCUGAUAUUCGGGCUGUGAUUCCUAGGCGUGAAGAUUUGCCUGCAGAGAGAGGUGUUCUUAUUGUUUCAGCUGCCAUGCACAGGCAGAAGUCCAUGUUUUUCUUUCUUCUGCAAACAGAGUAUGGAGAUAUUUUUAAGGUCACUUUGGAUCAUGACAAUGACAAGGUCAAGGAGUUAAAGAUUAAGUACUUUGAUACAAUUCCAGUCACCUCCUCAUUAUGUGUUUUGAAGUCUGGUUACCUUUUCGCUGCAUCAGAGUUUGGGAACCAUGCUUUGUAUCAAUUUCAGGCUAUAGGAGAAGAUCCAGAUAUUGAAGCUUCAUCAUCUACACUGAUGGAGACUGAAGAAGGUUUCCAGCCUGUAUUUUUUAAGCCAAGGAAGCUGAAGAAUCUUGUUAGGAUUGAUCAAGUGGAGAGCUUGAUGCCACUCAUGGACAUGAAAAUCUCAAAUCUCUUCGAGGAAGAGACUCCUCAGAUAUUUUCACUCUGUGGAAGGGGUCCCCGAUCGUCUUUAAGGAUACUAAGACCUGGGUUGGCUGUUAGCGAAAUGGCUGUUUCACAGCUUCCUGGCAUCCCAAGUGCUGUUUGGACUGUGAAAAAGAAUGCAAGCGACGAAUUUGAUUCUUACAUUGUUGUCUCAUUUGCAAAUGCCACUCUUGUGCUUUCUAUUGGUGAGACUGUUGAAGAAGUUAGUGACAGUGGGUUUUUAGAUACAACCCCAUCACUUUCUGUCUCACUUAUAGGAGAUGACUCCCUGAUGCAAGUCCAUCCAAGUGGAAUCAGGCAUAUUAGAGAAGAUGGACGCAUUAAUGAGUGGAGAACUCCAGGUAAGAGAACUAUUGUUAAGGUUGGGUCUAAUAGACUCCAGGUGGUAAUCGCUCUGAGCGGGGGCGAGCUUAUAUAUUUUGAAGUUGACAUGACUGGUCAGCUUAUGGAGGUAGAGAAGCAUGAGAUGUCGGGUGAUGUGGCAUGUUUGGACAUUGCCCCUGUUCCUGAAGGCAGACAGAGGUCACGUUUUCUUGCUGUUGGAUCAUAUGACAAAACAAUACGAAUUCUUUCAUUGGAUCCAGAUGACUGUAUGCAGAUAUUGAGUUUGCAAAGUGUUUCUUCUCCUCCAGACUCUCUCCUCUUUCUAGAAGUUCAGGCUUCUGUUGGUGGGGAGGAUGGUGCAGAUCACCCCGCCAAUCUUUUUUUGAAUGCUGGUUUGCAGAAUGGGGUUUUGUUUAGAACUGUUGUGGAUAUGGUGACAGGUCAGCUUUCAGAUGCUCGGUCAAGGUUUUUAGGUCUUAGGGCUCCUAAGCUAUUUUCUAUUGUUGUGAGAGGACGUCGUGCUAUGCUGUGCUUGUCUAGUAGACCCUGGCUUGGUUAUAUUCACCAAGGACAUUUUCUUUUAACACCGUUAUCAUAUGAAACCCUUGAAUAUGCUGCAUCCUUUUCGUCUGAUCAGUGUGCCGAAGGUGUGGUUUCUGUUGCUGGAGAUGCCUUGAGGGUGUUCACUAUUGAGAGAUUGGGUGAAACGUUCAAUGAAACAUCUAUACCUUUGAGGUAUACCCCGAGGAAAUUUAUUCUCCAACCUAAACGGAAGCUAGCAGUGAUCAUUGAGAGUGAUCAGGGAGCACUUACUGCAGAAGAACGUGAAAAUGUUAAAAAGGAAUGUUUUGCUGAUUCCGGGAAUGAAGUGGAUGGAAAUUCAGAGAAAAUGGAGAAUGGAGGUGCUGAUGAUGACGAUAGUGAGGACCCCCUCUCCGACGAGCAAUAUGGUUAUCCAAAGGCUGAGUCAGACAAGUGGGUCUCCUGCAUCAGAAUCCUUGACCCAAGGACAGCUCAAACCACUUGUCUUCUUGAACUUCAGGACAAUGAAGCGGCAUUCAGUAUAUGUACUGUAAACUUCCAUGAUAAGGAGCAUGGAGCUCUUCUGGCUGUUGGUACAACGAAGGGACUGCAGUUUUGGCCCAAACGGUCCUUCGAAGCUGCAUACAUACAUAUUUACAAAUUUAAGGAAGAUGGAAAAGUACUCGAGCUUUUGCACAAGACACAGGUGGAAGAGGUUCCCCUUGCUCUUUGUCAGUUCCAAGGAAGGCUAUUGGCUGGGGUUGGAUCUGUCCUUAGGCUGUACGAUUUGGGGAAGAAAAGACUCCUAAGGAAAUGUGAGAACAAGCUGUUCCCCAACACUAUAAUAUCUAUUACUACCUACCGCGACCGCAUUUACGUUGGUGAUAUGCAAGAGUCAUUCCAUUAUUGCAAAUACCGUCGUGAUGAGAACCAACUUUACAUAUUUGCCGAUGACACUGUUCCAAGAUGGCUUACUGCAGCAAGCCAUGUGGACUUUGACACCAUGGCAGGGGCAGACAAGUUUGGGAACAUCUAUUUUGUGCGUUUGCCUCAGGAUGUGUCGGAUGAGAUUGAAGAAGAUCCAACAGGUGGGAAGAUAAAAUGGGAACAGGGUAAGCUGAAUGGAGCUCCCAACAAGGUUGAUGAGAUUGUGCAGUUUCAUGUUGGUGAUGUUGUUAGUUGCUUGCAAAGAGCUUCUCUUAUCCCGGGGGGUGAGGAAUGUCUCAUCUAUGGGACUGUUAUGGGGAGUGUAGGUGCAUUGCUUCCAUUUACCUCUAGGGAUGAAGUUGACUUCUUCUCCCAUCUGGAGAUGCAUUUGAGGCAGGAGCACCCACCCCUCUGUGGCAGGGACCACAUGGCUUACAGAUCAGCCUAUUUCCCAGUCAAGGAUGUCAUUGAUGGAGACUUGUGCGAACAGUUCCCAACAUUGCCUUUGGACUUGCAGCGCAAAAUUGCUGAUGAGCUCGACAGAACUCCUGCAGAAAUUUUGAAAAAGCUAGAAGAAAUAAGGAACAAAAUUAUAUGAGUCAAUUCCAUCAAGAUACAUGGCGAACCACCCACGGCGGAUGGCUUUGUUUGGACAUUUUGUUUGCACACAUUUGGUCGCGUUUGGCGUCCAUUAAAGAGCGGUAAGCUAUAUUGAUAUAAAAGAGUGUUGUAAUUGCAUGCAAAAAAAGCCAAGGAAGAGGGCUACCCGACUGCCAUCAUCAUCGUCAUCUUCGUCAUCUCGAAUCUAUUUAUACCCCCCCUAACAACUCUCAUAUUGCAGUUGCAGAGUGAUGAAGAUUCUCCCUCAUAUCUCUUGUGUUUGUAAAAAUGCUGUUUCUGAUAUUACUUUUACCCUUUCUCUCAGAGUAGGCUUGGUAUGAGUUUCUUUCUUCUUCUUCCCUAAAGUGUAAGAAGAGUCUUUUGCUCUAAUCUUUUGUGCUCUUUUUCAAGUUUUGUUCCAUGUACUCACUUUUAUGUACUUGUAUUUACUAGUUCAUUACACCAUUCUAGAUUACUUCCCAGUGUUAUUAGGCAAAACUAAGUGAAUUGAUGAUGAAACCAAGGAGAUUAUCAACAUUCAUAGAGUCUUUAAAGGGGAAUAACAAUUGACUCUUAUA